UCGCUAAAACACGAUAUAUUUCAUUUCGAAAUAAAUACUAUUUGUUUGUUUCAUGUGAUUACAUAGUGCAAAGUUGUAAGUGAAAUACGAGCAUCAGAAAAUGAAAUUGAUAAUGAAUAUAAAUUGAAAAUCAUCAUUAAUUAUUCACUGGUUUGGAACUAUUUUGUUAUGUAGAGUGUCUGCAAAGAACCAUCCACAUCCAUAGAAUCUUGGAGUUUUAUGGCAACAAAUCAAGAUGGUCCAGGUGGACAUAACAUCGAGUUUUUACAAGACCUCGAUACUCGACUGAAAUGUUCAAUUUGUAAACUCCCUUUGAGGAAUCCACACCAAACUUCUUGUGGUCAUCGUUUUUGCGAGAGUUGCAUUAAAAAUGUUAUUGAGAACGGGGACCAAAAGUGUCCAGAAGACGGCACUGUACUUACUGUCGAAGAUAUAUUCCCCGACAGAUUUUGUAACCGUGAGAUUUUGGACCAACAUUGUUAUUGUCGCAACAAAAGUUUGGGUUGUAUGUGGACGGGAAUGUUUAGAGCAGAAAAGGAUCAUCAAAAAGAAUGUUUAUACGUGGAACAGACCUGUCCAAAUGAUGGUUGUGAAUUGCGGUUAUUGCGGCGUGAUCUUGAAGAACACAUGGCAAAGGAUUGUAAAUUCAAAAAGAUUCCUUGUCAAUAUUGUGGCAUUCGACUAUCAAAUGAGCUUUUAAAUGAACAUCUUGAAACAACGUGUCCAAAUUUUCCUUUGGAUUGCCCAAAAAUGUGUGGUCAGAAAGUGUUACGUUGUAAUAUGGAAACUCAUUUGCUAAACGAUUGUCCUAAGGCGGAAAGUUCUUGUCCUUUGUUUCCCGAUUGCAAUUUUCAGGGUUCAAGAUCAGAUCUUAAGAAACACAUGUCUGAAAAACAGAUCACCCAUGUUACCAUGUUGAAUGGUUAUAUAAAAACGUUAGAUGGACAAGUGAAGCAGCUGGAAACAUCGACAACAGCUAUAACGGAAAUGCAAUCAAGUGUUGAUGAACAGUUGAAGAACCAUCAUAGAGAAAUUGUCAAAAUUCAUGACGAUCUUGAGGCCUUACGUGCUUCGCAUGGGGAGAGUUCAUCAUUUAGAGCAGCAGAAAGUUCACAAGCCAACGAAAAUAUGUCACGUGGUGCAAGCAAACCCGACGAGAAACCACGUGAUGAUGCAAUUUAUGAUCAAGCUGAAAUUGAUAACAUAAAAAGACGCUUAAGCAAACUGGAAGAGCAAGUUGCUAGUUUAAUGUUUAGGGAGCGUCACUCAGUUAAUCGGGUACAGUUCGGUGGUGGCGAUGAUGAAACAGUAUCAGAUCUUGAGAGAAGGAUUGCUUCCUUAGAACAUCAGAACUCGUUGAGUGACGUCCAGAUUGCUGAUCACGACGUAAAACUGAAUAUGUUAGAUAGUACAUCUUAUGAGGGCACUUUCAUUUGGAAGAUUGAAGAUUUUGGACGAAUAUCAAAUGAUGCACAAACAGGACGUUCCCUAUCAAUAUAUAGCCCACAGUUCUACGUCGGCCGUUAUGGAUACAAGGUAUGCGCGAGAGUAUACCCAAACGGUGAUGGAAUGGGAAAGAACACACAUCUAUCUCUUUUCUUUGUGCUCAUGCGUGGUAAUUACGAUGCCCUAUUGACUUGGCCGUUUCGACAGAAAGUAACUUUUAAAUUAAUUGAUCAGAAUGGAGACCAGCAUAUCGUUGACAGCUUUCGACCAGAUCCAAACAGCUCAAGUUUUCAACGACCCAGAAGUAACAUGAAUAUUGCCAGCGGUUGUCCUCUCUUUGUACCUAAAUCUGCGCUUCAAAGGGGCGGUUACAUACGGGACGAUACGAUAUUCAUAAAGAUUACCGUUGAUACCACAGGAUUGAAUCUAUAAUGAUUGAUCUAUAUAAACCUUCUUUUGCGUGAUCAUGCGAGAGAUAUUCGGUGGCUCAGUGUAUAAGAAAUUUAUAAAAGAAUUCGCCAAUCAA